GUAGUAACAGUCCCUGCCUCGACUGGAGUUUUAUCUGCAUCUACACUAACAGCUGGCUUGAAAACCACCACUGCUUCUGUGGUGCCUGUUAAAACUUCCUCACCACCAGUUACACCAUCGACAACCAAUGGUGCCUCUGUGGUGUCAGCUACAACUCUAUCUCCUACUACUGAAGCACCAACUGCUAGCCCUGCCUUACACAAUACUGGAAAAAUUCGGAUAAUGGGCAGACUGCUAUGCCAGCUAACAGUCAGGCAGUUGCUGCAAGUAGUUCUGCCAUCAAGUUGGCAUCUACGAAUAUCUGCAUUGCAAAUACAACUUCUGUAGCAUCUGCCCCAAUUAUUGUGUCCAGUAUAGCUCCAGCUUCUACUGCAAUUACCACUGUAGCGACUGGAAAUAAUGGGGCACAGCAGAAGAAAACAAGCACCCCAGCAUUAAACUCCAGUGUUGUCCCAAAGCAAGCAGAGCCUUCAAGUAAACUGCAAAGCAUCCAACGUCCUAGUGCUUCAGAAUCAAUGGAUAAUGUGAAGAAAUGCAAGAAUUUUCUUGCAACACUAAUAAAACUGGCAUCCAGUGGACCACAGUCACCUACCAUGGGCCAGAAUGUGAAAAAUCUGGUGAAGAAUUUACUUGACUCCAAACUUGAACCAGAAGAAUUUACUACAAAACUCUACAAAGAACUGAAGUCCUCACCACAACCAUAUCUGGUUCCAUUCCUGAAGAAAAGUUUACCCUCAUUGCGCCGGAUGAUGCCGAACUCCCAGGAGUUUAUCUUACAAUGUGGUCCACAGAACCCAGCAACACCUGUCACUACCACCAACUCUCUCUCUUAUGUUAAG